AUGCCAGAUCCCUACAGGCUCGAACUGAAUGUGGACAGAUUCUAUCUCAAGGAGGUGCUAAGAGCACUAUUACACUCGAUUAUCUACCACCGAAGUUUCAGCAUGACAAGGCCAUAUGAAGUCAACUUGGAAGCACUGGACAUAAGAUUAGAUGAUCCCGAGAUCGAGGGACAAGUAGACGAGAAGAUAUCUACUUUUGCAAGAACAUUGGAUUCAUAUACUGGUCUAGUCAAAGGACAGAUUGAUGUCAUGUUCUUUGAGAAGAGAGCCAAAAAGUAUUGGUUUACGAAAGCUGAAGAGGAAGUGUGCUGGGAGCAAUGGACAUUGGCGGUCAAUGUGACACUUGCAAGAUCUGAACGAGAACAAAUCGAGUCUCGAAAGGCACUAGAGCGACAACUCCUCAAUUGCCUGUUCAAAAUAUCGGGGAAAACGAAUGAAGAAAAAGACCAUAUACCGCCCAUCACCAACCAGGAUACCUAUCCCUUUCCAUUCCAGAUUGUCACGACCUCGGCAUCAGAGACUUCGUGGACGUCUGUCCUCAAGUCAUAUCUACCAUCAUAG